AUGCAAUUUAUCGUCCGGCUCAUAAAAACUCGCCCUCCUUUUCGCCCCUCACAAAAUUUCCCUCCCUCCCGAUUGCCGUUUGGUAAGAGACCGAAGCGGAACCACCGCCAGCACCGCCUAAUAGCCGUCACCGGAGCCGCCGCUCUCCUCGCUCUCGCCGUCAACCUCGGAAUCACCGCCUUCAACUCUCACAGGAACAACAGAAAGAAGAAAGAUCUUCAGGGCUCGAAGGUUCGAGUUACUCUAUCGGCGUCGGAGAUUUUGAAAUUGGCCGACCGAGUCAUUUCCAAGUCAAAAGAGGUCCACGACGCUGUGGCUUCGGUUCCGCUAGAUAAGGUCACGUAUAUGAAUGUUAUUUCACCACUAGCUGAAUUGGAAGCGCAGCAAUUUCCACUUGUACAGUCUUGUUUGUUUCCAAAGAUGGUGUCUACUAGUGAUGAUGUUCGAAAAGCAAGCGCCGAGGCCGAGCGGAGAAUUGAUGCACAUGUUCUCACCUGCAGCAUGCGUGAGGAUGUGUACCGUGUUGUCAAAGCUUUUGCUACGAGAGGAGAGUGGGUGAAUGCUGAAGCAAAGCACUAUACUCAAGCCUUGAUGAGAGACUUUGAACGUAAUGGGUUGAAUCUUACUUUAACUAAGAGAGAGGAGAUGCAGCGUGUGAGAGUCCAAAUUGAUGAGCUAAGCUUGCGCUAUAUCCAAAAUCUACAAGAGGAUUGUUCUUUCCUUGUCUUCACUGAGAUUGAGUUGGCUGGGGUACCACAAGAGUUUCUCAAGAGCUUAGACAAAGCUGAAAAUGGUAAAUUGAAGGUGACCCUGAAAAGUCAUCAUGUGGCGGCAGUACUAGAACUUUGCGAGGUUGGAACAACAAGGAAGAUGGUAGCAGUGGAAUAUGGAAAGAGGUGCGGAGAAGUCAAUCUUUCUAUCUUAGAAAAUUUGGUCCAUCUGCGCCAUAAGUUUGCUCGGUUACUUGGCUAUUCAAACUAUGCUGACUAUGCUGUUGAUCUUAGAAUGGCAAAGACGCCCGCAAAGUGUAUAACGUGUACCAGCAGUGGAAACUACAUCAGUAUCGAGGGGACUGGUGUGGGGACCAUUACUUGCAUGUUAAAGGGUUACGAAAGGCUAGAGAGGUGAGAUCCCAGCUGCUAGAGAUCUUGAAGACACUGAAAAUCCCACUGACGACUUGUUGGCCUGACACUGAUGUUGUUAGAAAAGCUAUCUGCUCUGCAUACUUCCACAAUUCUGCUAGAUUGAAGGGUGUGGGGGAGUAUGUUAAUUCCAGAACUGGGAUGCCAUGCCAUCUACAUCCGAGCAGUGCUCUCUAUGGUAUGGGAUGCACUCCAGACUAUGUCGUUUAUCAUGAACUGAUUUUGACUACGAAGGAGUACAUGCAGUGUGCCACUGCAGUGGAGCCACAGUGGUUGGCGGAGUUAGGGCCCAUAUUCUUCUCUGUGAAGGAUUCAGAUACAUCGCUAUUGGAGCAUAAGAAGAGACAAAAGGAAGAGAAGACAUUUAUGGGGCAAGAGAUGGAGAAUCUGAGAAAGGCUCAAGCAGAGGCAGAGAUAGAAAACAAGCAGAGGGAGAGAGAAAAAAGAUCCAAGCAGCAGCAGCAAAUUUCAAUGCCUGGUUUGAGGCCAAAGAAACUUAGCUUGUAAAUGUAAAUAUUACUGUACAUACGAUUCAGUCCUAGUUUUCUGCAGGACCAUAUUAACAUUUUCAACUGAAGAUUGAUUAAUGAAGAGAGAUGUACAUCCUCUUCAUCACCUACAGUGUAACAAGCAUGCUUAACUCACAUUCACUAGCAUUAGUAUUGACUAUUCUGUAUGCAAAUCAAUCAGUGAAUCACCAUACUUAGUUCUGGAAAACCCGUAACAUGGGGCCUCGGUGUACAGUCUGUGCUUUCUUGAAUAGGCUUUUGAAUCAGGACGCAUUCUGUCCUGGAAUAGCUUGAGCAUCUGAGUUUUGAGGCGAAGUCUUUGGACUUGUGAACCGGAACACAAUUUCCCAUCUCUUCAAAAAGAAUGACACACUUUUAUUUUCAGAGCUUCAUCUGCUGUUUUCUGAAUUGCUAUGGUUGUAUGAAAUAUGUGAACUGGAGUUGGUGCUUUAAGGAAGUAAAGGCUUUCUGCUCAACUAGAAUCUGGUGAGGUUUAUUCGUCUUGAAAGCCAAGCAUUGGCAUUUUAAGUGAUCGGUCCCCACUGUGGAUAAACACUGUGAUUUUCGUUAGGAUCUGAGCAACUGCCAUUCAAUUUUACCAGUAGACAUGGCAAUUUGGUAGAUUCGCCAACAGUAGCAGGCGCAUUUACUAUAUACCAAACGUCAGUUACUGUUCCUAAUCACUGUUCCUAAGAGCCCGAUUUAAAGUGACGCUUUUGCCUUCUAUAUUUUCUUAAAUUACGUCUCUGACCCUAGCAGAUUCAUACUGCUCUUUCCUCUUUCUGGAAGUAUCUAUCUGCAGCUACAACAUCUCUACACCGACAUCAACUCUUCCACUUCCGAAAUCAGAUCCUAACAUCACAUAGACGGACAUAAAAGCAGCGAGAGCAUAGAAAUUGAAAUCAGCAGAGACGAAACAGCCCAGAAACGUGAGAAGCAUCCAAGAGAGGUAGAGGGUUUUUAGACUAAUCGGUGUUGGUUUGGUUGGGAAGAGGUGGGUGCGAAUAUUUGGAUCCACUUUGGGAAGGAGUUUUCAGCAAAAGAAGAGCUUUUAUUUUCAGCAAAAGCAAAAUAAGAAUUGGGUUUCUUUUCUUGCCUGGGUUUAACUUUUCAACAGUUCCAAGAUCCAAAAUUUUGGAGACUCUCAGGGAAAAGGGUUGGGCUGGAAACAAAUAGAACAGCUGCUUGGGGGUUGCUUAUAUUCAAGAAUUGGGAAUGCCCGCCUCUUUUGACACUUUACUGCACAUUUCCUGCUCAAAAUUUCAAACUUGCUACUACUAAGUUUACUCUUUUGAGGCCAUUCACUAGACUGCACAAAGGAAAUCUGUUUCAGAAUUUAAAAGCAAAUUACUAAUACAACUCAAAGAGCUCAUCUGAGGUUCCCAUCUGAUCCCUGGGAUGGCAUCGCUGAAUUAGCUAAUGAUUUGAUUCGAGGAAUGCUCUGUGAAGGUCCUUCAAAAAGGCUCACCGCUCACCAGGUUUUAGGUAGUUUAAGUAACGAUUGCAGUAACAGAGUUUGCUCAAAUAAACACGUUCCUUGAGAAUCUGAGAUCAUUCUAGCUAGCAUCUGUAAAUAUGAUACGAGUUAAAGUUGAAUGUUUGUAGUAUGAGCUUUGAUAUGAAUUUUUUUUAAGGGUAUCAUACCAUAUCCCAGUACACUUCCAAGUUUGGAAUACAAGUCUUCUUUCAUCUGUUUC